AUGAGCGCAUACCAGCCCCCGCUAUCUUCCACCCCCAGAGCGCAAUCAAGCACCGAAGCACCCGCACCCCGACUCAAACGGCGCAAAGUAACAGACGAGAGAAAGCGCACAGCCAGAGCGAAGUGUUCGCACCUUGGCCGUCCCUGUCGCGUGCGGGGUAUGCCCGUAUCGCAGGAUAUCAGCGCUCGGGAUGCGUUGGUGGAACUGCAGGAGCGGGCCAUGUACAUGGAGCGGAUCCUGAAACACGCGUUCAAGGGGAUCGCGCUAGAUACGAAGAGUCUCAGGCAGAUGGCGCUGUCGAUUGAUGAGACGGGCAAGGAGAUGCAGCCGGAGACUGAUGAGGCCGAGUUGACUAUGGAAGAAGAGGAGUGCACGAUCGACCCGGUCGAGGAUACCGUUACUCACUUCUCCGGGGAAUUCUCCUACUGGAACUUCUCCAUGCGCGUCAAGCGUCAGAUCGAGGAUAGGAUGGCUGCUUCCGCUUCCCUGAGCCAGACUCAACCCCCAAACCAAAUAUCGAACUACCCCCGAGCGAAACAGCUGCGAUCCAGCUCGCGGACCCUCGCAGCAGCCAUCUCCUGCAUCCCCCCUCGCCACAUCGCCGAGUUCCUCGUCAGCAUCUUCUUCAAACACGCCGUAACCCACUACUUCUACGUCGACAGAUCAUGGCUCCUCACCAGACUAACCGCCCUCUACACCAACCCGGAAACCCUCACCAGCAAAGACGCCCCAGUCCUCAGCAUCAUCCUGACUGUUUUUGCCAUCGGCACGCAAUACGCCUACCUCGAAGCAAAGUCCGCCCCUGCCUCGUCCAGCCAAAACUUCUCCGAGGACGAGCUGGGCACAAUGUUCUACCAGGAAGCGAUCCGGCUGCUGCCGGAGAUCAUCGAGGUGUCCUCGCUGGAGAGCGUGCAGGCCUGUCUGCUCUUUGCGGCGUAUGCGUUGCCUAUUGAUGCGGCGGGGCUGGGGUACGUGUAUAUCAAUCUGACGAUUCGGCUGGCGAUGCAGAACGGAAUGCAUCGGCGGUGCGUGGGGGAGGCGUUUAGUGCGGCAAUGAUGGAGACGAGGAAUAAGGUGUGGUGGACAGCGUAUGCGAUGGAGAGGAAAAUAUCUAUAUUCCAUGGCCGACCUCUAGGAAUGCUUCGAUCGGACGUCGACACGCAUUUGCCGGUUGACUUGGGUGAACAAGACUCGACAACCCCAUAUAUGCUUGCUUCAAUACAUCUCACGCAUCACCUGGAGGAUUUCUAUAAAGAAAUGUACGUCCACUCUGCCAGUAAAGCGCAGACGAGUAAUACUGACAACCACAGAUCCCUCCUCCGCACUACCCCAAAACAGGACCUCCCCCUCCUGCUCUCACGACUCGCCGACAGGAAAAAUGACCUAGAGAGAUGGUGGUCCACGCUCCCACUCAUAAUCCAAAAGGACGACGCCCAGACCCCAGUCGAUCGAUCAACAGCCCACCUCAAACUCGAACACUGCCUCCUCCGCAUGUUCAUCGGCCGCCCGUUUCUCUUCUCGCGAGGCUCGCCCUCAAACCCAACUUCCCCAGCUACUCCCCCCUCAAGCACCGCGCAGAAGCCCACGCCCCGCCGGGAACUGGUGACCUGCUGCAUAACAGCCGCCGCGGACGCAAUCUCCAUCUGCAGCACCCUCCGCGACAGUGAUAGUGGCCCUGGUCUGGCGCGCGCCUCGUAUAUAGAGUACAGUUCGUGUCGAGCAGCGCUGCUCGUGCUAAUUGCGUACUCGAUCCAGGAUCGCUCUGAUCAUUUUCGCAAGGCGUUACGGGUUGGAUUAGAUAUGAUUCGGGAGAUGGCGGCGAGUGGGGAGUCGGCGAGGUCGGAGGUGGAGUUGAUUGAGGCGUUGGAGAGGGCGCUUGUGAGGCUAAGGUCCUUUGAUGAGGUGGGCAAAGUAGCCUCGGACUAUGAGGAGUUUAAGCAAUGGGAGUCUAUGUGGAAGCGGCAGAAUGAUGGGGAUUGCAAUUCAGACGAAGCGGUUGCGGGAUCGAUUCAAGAGCAAGGUUGGCCGACAAGCGAGAUGGGGCCCUCGGGUAUCGCAGAGAGCAAUGCGGCUCUGGGCCCUUUGAGACUAUUCGAUGGCGCAGCGGAAUGGGCUCUGUUCGGUGGAGGAAGUGCAUUGCCAAGGGAGCUGCAGCAUCCGGAAACGCAGAUGUUGGGGGAUUUUCUGUCUCUCCAUGAUCCGAGAUUUGACCCUGAUUUGAGUCAAGCAUUGUGA